CUUUCUGUCUGUUGGGUUCCCCUAAUGCUUCUUUGUUCUCUGGAUACACCUCAGCGUCAGCGCAGAGCAGUCUGCUGCUACGACACAACAUGGAUUCCGAUGACAGCAUGGAGCACGAGGCUCAGAAACCGCCUGCGGGUCUAGAGCACGAGCAGGCGCAUGGAGGAGACGAGGACCUCGAUGAGAAAUACCCCAACCGACCGCACAACCACUCCCCGACACCCCCCUUCCACACCCUCUUCGAAACCCUCUUCAACCCCCUCAGCGCCAUCAAGAAACAGCCCGCCUCCACGACCGCCAAACCGGCAGUCAACCGCCGCAAGCUAGGCCCCCACGGCGGCAGCAGCAGCACGACGCUCAACCCGUUCGAGCGCCGGCGCGACGUGAUCGAGCGCUUCAUCUCGCACUGGCGCCAAACCGUCGGCGAUGACAUCUACCCGGCCUUCCGGCUGAUCCUCCCGGACAAGGACCGCGACCGGGCGAUGUACGGGCUGAAAGAGAAAGCCAUCGGCAAGAUGUUUGUGAAGAUCCUCAAGAUCGACAAGAACUCCGAGGACGCGGUGGGGCUGCUGAAUUGGAAGCUGCCGGGUGGCCCGCACGAGGCGCGGUUCGCGGCGGGGGACUUUGCGCGGCGGUGCUACGAUGUCAUCUCCAAGCGGCCGAUGCGCACGGAGGUCGGGUCGAUGCUGAUCGAGGAGGUGAAUGAGCGGUUGGAUCGGCUGUCGGCGGCGGGGCGCGAGGGCGAGCAACUUGGCAUUCUGCAGGAAUUCUAUCGCCGCAUGAACCCCGAGGAGUUGCUGUGGUUGAUCCGGAUUAUCCUGCGGCAGAUGAAGGUGGGCGCAUCGGAGCGGACGUUGUUUGAUGUGUGGCAUCCCGAUGCCGAGGGACUGUACUCCAUUUCGAGUAGUCUGAGGCGGGUGUGUUGGGAGCUGCACGAUCCGAAUGUCCGCUUGGAAGACGAGCGCCGGGGCAUUGCGUUGAUGCAGUGCUUUCAGCCGCAGUUGGCGCAGUUUCAGAUGCAGAGUCUCGAGAAGAUGGUAGGCAGGAUGCGCGGCGCGGUGGAUGGGGAUGAUGCCGAGAGCGCGUUUUGGAUUGAGGAGAAGUUGGACGGCGAGCGCAUGCAGUUGCAUAUGGGGCCGGACAAUGAGGUGGAAGGGGGCCGGAGAUUUCGCUUCUGGUCGCGCAAGGCCAAAGAUUAUACGUAUCUGUAUGGGAAUGGGCUGUUCGAUGAGAAUGGCGCGUUGACCAGACAUUUGGCGGAUGCGUUCGCCGACGGGGUCGAGAGUGUCAUCCUGGACGGCGAGAUGAUUGCCUGGAGCCCGGAGCAGGACGCCCCGGAGCCGUUUGGCACCCUCAAGUCGGCGGCCAUUGCGGAGCAGAGAAACCCCUUCGCUAACGGCUCGCGGCCGCUGUUCCGGGUCUUUGAUAUUUUGUAUCUGAAUGGCCAUGACCUGACGCGGUACACGCUGCGGGACCGCAGGAAUGCGCUGCAGAGGAGCAUCGAGGACGUCCAUCGCCGGUUCGAGGUCCACCCCUACGAGGAGGCGACCAGCACCGCCGAGGUCGAGGCCGCGCUGCGCCGCGUCGUGGCCGAAGCCUCCGAGGGUCUGGUCCUGAAGAACCCGCGCGCCCCAUAUCGACUGAACGAGCGCCACGACGACUGGAUGAAGGUGAAGCCGGAGUACAUGACCGAGUUCGGCGAGUCGCUGGACCUCAUCGUGAUCGGCGGCUACUACGGCAGCGGCCGCCGCGGCGGCGCGCUCUCCAGCUUCCUGUGUGGAUUGAGGGUGGACGAGUCGAGCGCGGCCUCAUCGUCCCAGCCCGCCGAGCCCUCCAAAUGCUACUCGUUCUGCAAGGUGGGCGGCGGGUUCACGGCGGCAGACUACGCCAAUAUCCGCCACCACACGGAUGGCAAAUGGAAGGAGUGGAACCCGAAGAAGCCGCCCUUGGCGUACAUCGAGCUGGCGGGCGCGGGCAAUGCGCAGCACGAGCGGCCGGACAUGUGGAUCAAGCCGGAAGACUCGGUGGUCCUGUGUGUCAAGGCCGCCUCGGUCUCGGUCAGUGACCAGUUCCGCAUCGGGCUGACGUUGCGCUUCCCCCGGUUCAAGCGGCUGCGCGGGGACAAGGACUGGCGGAGUGCCCUGUCGGUACAGGAGUUCCUGGAUCUCAAGUCCAAUGUGGAGCAGGAGCAGAAGGAGAAGGCGUUCGACGUGGAGAAUUUCCGCAAGAAGCGGCAGAAGAAGAGCACCAAGAAGCCUUUAGCCAUUGCCGGAUAUGAGGCGGAUGCGGAAGUCAAGUAUGCUGGGCCAUCAGGGCAUAUCUUCGAUGGACUGAACUUUUUUGUCAUGACCGACUCGACGACCUCGGUCAAGAAGACGAAGGCUGAGUUGGAACAGCUGGUGAAAAGCCACGGCGGCAAAUUCUAUCAGACGAACACGGCGGCUCCGGAUACGAUUUGCGUGGCCGACCGGAGGACGGUCAAGGCGGCCUCGCUGCAGAAAACCGGCGAGGUGGAUAUCAUUCGUCCAUCGUGGAUUUUGGACUGCAUCCGACAGAGCGAGAUCGAUGCUGGUCUGCCGGAUUUACUUCUCCCUCUGGAGCCUCGACAUAUGUUCUUCACCACACCUGAAAAGGAAGCUGAGGUAGCAGCGAGCGUCGAUCGAUUCGGUGACAGCUAUGCACGGGACACCACGCGGGAGGAGCUGAGCGAGAUACUGCAGAGGAUGGAGACGAGCGACUCCGCCGACCGUCCCCACGACUCCAAAGCUUACGCCAAACUCAAGGCACAUCUCUACGAUAAGAUCAACGCUGGGUGGCCGCUGCCCUGCGGCUGGCUCUUUGACGGAUUGGUCUUUUACUUACCCCAGUGGCAACCAACCAUUGCCGGUAGCCCGAAGACAGACGAGUCCGAGGAGAUAGAACAACCUCCCCCGGAGGAGCAACAGCAACAGCAACGGCGACUUCACCUGGUACGAAACACGGCACGAUUUGCGGGCGCCAGGGUGGUCGACACGGCGCAGGACCCAGCCAUCACCCAUGUCAUCGUCCAAGGGGACGACGGCAUGGGGCGGGCAGCAUACAAGUCUUUACGGGCACAAUGGGCUGAUCGGGCAAAGAUCCCCCAUUUCGUGACUACGGUCUGGGUGGACGCGAGCUGGAGGGAGCAGACCCUGUUGGACGAAGAGAGUGUCUAUGACCCGAACUCAGACCAUCGCAGGAAAGGGGUGUACAAGAAAGACGCGGAUACUUUAAGGACGAAGAAUGCGACCUUGUUGACGCUGAUCCAGGCCCUACUCAACUAUGAAGAGGAGGAUGCCUUUGAUCUGGUACGCCAAAUUCGCUCCUGCGACAAUUUGGAGGAUGUUGCGCAAUCCAUUCUCGGACAACAAGACAAGCUCCCACUGGCUCCUGACUCAACAGGAAUCAGCGGAGAUGAAGCGGACCAAUUUGAGUCGGAGCUGUCGGGGAAGAUGAGUGAGCUCAUGUUGGACGGCUCCCGGAAGUUUAUCGGCGGCACAUCCAACCUCAUCUUCUUACCGCCUGGGUCCGAGCUGAAUGAGUUCAAUGUCAAUGCUAACCACCGGGGGCCGGACAAGGGAACCGAGGUCUCGGUGUCCCAGUGGACCAGAGUCACUGAUGAUGAGAAACUAAUCAGCCAUUUGAUGACGAUGUAUUUCACCUGGCACUACCCAUUCUUCACGACGCUAUCCAAAGACCUUUUUUAUCGGGAUUAUCUCCGCGGAAUCUCCAGCCAGUAUUGCUCUUCUCUGCUGGUCAAUACGAUGCUAGCGCUGGGCUGCCACUUCACGUCCUGGGGAGGAGCUCGUGAAGACCCCGCUAAUCCUGCGACAGCUGGCGAUCAUUUCUUUAGGGAAGCCAAGCGAUUGUUUUUCGAAAACGACGAACAUGCGAACGCGAAGCUCUGCACUGUUCAGGCCUUGGCGUUGAUGUCCGUACGCGAGGCCGGAUGCGGCCGCGAAAGCAAAGGUUGGGUAUACAGUGGAAUGAGUUUUCGCAUGGCUUCCGAUUUGGGGUUGAAUUUCGACUCGACCAGCCUGGGAGUACGUAGUCUCAGUGAAGAAGAGAUAGAUGCGCGCCGAAUCACUUUUUGGGGAUGUUUUCUCUUCGACAAAUGCUGGUCCAACUACCUCGGACGUCAGCCACAGUGGACUAUUGAGAGCGUGGGGGUUUCCAUGCCCGAGAUCCUCCCCAAUGAGGAGGCCGCACCGUGGACAUCUUUUACGGAUGCUGGAGCCUCUGGUGACCAGAGUCAGCCUUCGCGGACCCGAGCCAUCGCUGUCCAGAUCGCAAAACUGUGUGAGAUCAACGGUGACCUGCUUGUGUUCUUCUACGACCCGAAGCCCAAGGACAAGCCUUCUUCCAAGCAAUCCGAGCUCAAGAAACUCAGCGAGAUCCACACGAGACUCGAAACCUGGAAGAAAAAUUUGCCAAAGGAACUCGGCCCGCAAGACGGGCAACUCCCGCAGGCGCUUCUCAUGCACAUGCUCUAUCAGCUCCUUCUUAUUCACCUCUAUCGCCCCUUUCUGAAGUACACCAAGUCCACCUCUCCGCUUCCGCAGCAUGUCUCGCCUCGAAAGUUGUGCACUCAAGCGGCUUCUGCGAUCUCCAAAUUGUUGAGGAUGUAUAAACGCGCCUACGGGUUCAAACAAAUUUGCAAUGUUGCAGUCUACAUGGCCCACACCGCACUCACAGUACAUCUUUUGAACCUCCCCGAGAAGAAUGCCCAAAGAGAUGUCGUACAUGGACUUCGGCACCUUGAGGAAAUGGGAGAAAGUUGGCUUUGCGCACGCCGCACGCUUAGGAUUCUCGAGAUUUCAGCCAACAAGUGGCAUGUCGAAUUACCCCCAGAGGCUGUCACCACAUUCGAACAGACACACGUUCGAUGGGGCUCCUGGGGCUCCUGGGAUCAAGCCUUGUCCCCCCCAGCAUCGGAAGAUUCUCCACCAACGAUAUCCAUGUCAUACCCCGAGUCAUAUGCCAGGGGGGUUGGACCCCCAAUGCCACCACGGCAUGCUGCCAUGGGUGGUCACAGCGGCAAUGCUAUGCAUACAACACCUGCCACUACGGUCGGAUCAAUAGGCUCUCAGCUCCUGCCAGACCUUCCGGUCCCUGUUUCUGCAUCAGCUAUGCGUGCGGUGCAGCGAUCGUUGAACACUCAGCUCGCUCAAGAAACCACCCGGCUCCCUGAGCCGACGUACUUGCGGCCGGUUGCUCAUGCUUAUGCACCAUACCGGAAUGUUCCUCUAUCUCAGGCUGAAGUAUGGUAUAAUGACGACAACAUGCGUGCUUUCACCACUGUGCCAGAGAAUUCUCCAGCGACGACUACGUCGCCCGCGAACGAGUACGGCGGAUCGGAGAAUUUGGUGGAAGAAAGCCAGGACUGGUGGUCGCGAGAGUCACACCGAUUCAGUUUCGGAAUGGACAACUGGGUGCCGGACUGGAACCCUGGCAUGGCAAACAGGGCGUCGAACGCGAACCCAAGUAGCAGUUACCCUCUGAAUGUUGGGCAGACAACGGCGCCGGAGAGCGCUCCGCACCCUCCACAAACCCCGAGAUUCGCUGCAGGGGCCCCAGGGGCUCCAUCUGGUACCACUAAUGCGGACCAGCCUCCCACAAUCCCUAGCUUUAGUAGUAUGCCAACAACGGAAACAUACCGCAGGCCAUGA